ACUCACAUUACGACGCUGAAUAUCACAGGAAACCUAAAUACCCUCUCGCAAUGGCUCGCCGCUCGAAACCUUCACCGAAAGCACCGACGCGAACAUUUCCCCUAUCCAACUUGCCUCCGGAACUACAAUUUCGAGUAAUGGCAAACCUGGAUCCUAAGACCCUCUACAACUUGGUCGAUAUCAACCGAAGAACAAAAGACCUAUACCUGGCAUAUCCAGAAAUGGUCCUUCGGAGUGUCGCAAGCCAGGAAGGCCUUCAAUUACGCAACCUCACAUUAGCUUGUCUUGAGAUCUUACAGGCCGUUCGUAGGGAGACACCCCUUGAUCUCAAGCAUCUAGACCAAUAUCUUUCUCGCACCCUCGACACUGAGAAUCCCGGAUCAAUACUCCCAUGCGACACUAAUCCAAUCGCCGUACUGAAGGACCUCCAAAUACUCCAUACUGACGUGAAGGAUCUAGUAGAGGAAUACUCAAAAGAAAUCCACCAUAGAGCUUGUCUGUUUGAUAAUCCGGGUGCUGUAGAACCCAAUUUCGUACUGUCAACUUUCGAACGACAUCGCAUAUCUCGCGCUUGUUGGAUGCUCCGGUUCUACGGCCUACUUUUCUAUGAAUAUCUGGCUAAAUUCAUCUUGUUGAUUGAGGACUUCGAACCUGCAUUAGGUGAGGGGCCAGGUUUUCCCGCAAGUGUUUUCUUUCACCGACUCUGUCCUUCAGAAGUCGACGAAAUGCUGUCCGUAUACCAGUACACGGUCCGGGAGUGCAGAUAUGUAUCAAGUACCGCUCAACACAAUUCUCCCUGUCCUGGGACGAACGAUUCUCACUGGAUUCGCGGUAGCCGAGAGCCCUUGGGGUGCCAGAACUGUCACUUUAUGACUAAGAAUGCGCUCUGGGAUGUGCUCCGGCAAAACAUCGUCGGAGACGGCCUGUGGGCUUUGGAAGAAAGAACUGUUAAAAGCCCCUCCAAGAUCUGGACAGACUGGCCAUCCUCAAAUGUCCCAAAUCCUGGAUGGACUUUCUUCAACGAAGCUAGGAAGCAUCACAACAUAGAGCGAUUUAUUUUUAUAAGCUACUUCCGCAACAUAGGGUUCUUCUUCUGGGACCAGGAGCGCCUUGAUGCCUGGCAUUUCAUCGACUUCGAAGGCUGGGAGCCUACGAAUGUCAUUCGCGUCAGGCCAGACGGCUUGCCCAACCAUAAUAAAGAUCAACAUGAAGUUGCCCGCGGUACGGAGCAGAAAAUACUUGAAUGGAGCAGAGCUAACGAACAGGGACCCCUCCCCCUCUAAUGAGGCCUUGGGAGUCACUAAGCGAUUACUUUAAGUAUUGGAGGUUUUGAACUUCUUGUUGCCAGUAUA